AUGGCUAUUACUUCUCAAGAUGCAGAUCACUACCACCCUCUGUAUCUCGCUGCACUGGAAGGAAAUUGGGAAGUUGCCAAGAAGUUCUUGGAGGAUGACCUCGAUGCAGCGGUGGCUAAGAUCACGCCUAUGACUUCGAUGACAGCGUUGCAAGUGGCAGCCGGCGAAGGGCACGGAGAAUUUGUGGAGAAGAUAACACAACUUAUGACAACAGAAGCAAUUUUACAACGUGAUCUUACUGGCUGUACGGCUCUCCACCACGCUGCUUUGGCCGGAAGCCUGAGGGCAGCGGUGGCGUUGGUCAAUAAGUGCCCUGCUUUGACAAAUGUUUUGGAUCUAGAGGGAAGGACCCCGCUUCUUGUUACUGCUAAGCUUGGUUUUGAAAAUAGAGACUUGCUUUGGUACCUUACUUUGAAGACCACAGAUGAGCAACCAAGCUGUCCCUUUACUGGUCCUCUUGCUGCUGAACUUGUUCUUAUGCUUGCUGCCUCAGGUUGUCUCGAUGUUCUGCUGUAUCUAGUCCAGCGUUAUGAAGGCUUAACUACUGCAAAUAUGAAUAGACUUUCUCUGCUCCCAUCUUUGGCGAUGACUCCUUCGAGCUUCUUGAGUGGCAUCAGGCUUGGAUGUUGGGAAAGACUCGUUUACUCGCUUGUGCCUCGGAAGAGUAAUGGACCACCGUACUCCGUGACAUGCAUUGUGGAUCGACAGGUCGAGGGCUCUCAACAAAACGGGAUGAUCACGCAGCCUAUCUCCAAUCAAGCACCUACUUGUGUCGAGCGCAUCCAAGAUGCAAAACAUAAACAUCAAUGUGCAGUUGAAUUAGUGAAACGAGUUUGCGUAAAAAUCGGCGAAAGGGAACCAAUAGCUCGAGCAGAAUUUUUCCUGACAACUAAAGUCAUAUACGAGGCUGGAUCCUCUGGGAUAAUUGAAAUAUUGAAGACAUGUUAUCGCUUUUUUCCUGAUCUAGUAUGGCUUCCUGUAACUAAUGAUGAACAAUUUUUGAUCCAUAUUGCUAUUCGGUAUCGGCAAGAAAAGACUUUUAAUCUUUUCUGCGAGACAAAAUCGAGAAACAAAAUAGCAUCUAGUGGCUUAAUUAAUUCAGAAACUAUCUUGCACUUAGCAGCAAAGUUGGCACCUUAUUCCCAACUCUCAACAUUGUCCGGUGCAGCUUUACAAAUGCAGAGAGAGAUUCAGUGGUUCAAGGCGGUGGAGAAAAUGCUUCAUCCUUACCUUUCAAAUGUGUGGGAAAAAGAUGGAAAAACUGUAAGGGAACUGUUCACUAUAGAGCACAAAGAGUUAGCAGAGGCUGGAGAGAAGUGGAUGAAGGACACAUCAAAUUCUUGUAUGAUUGUUUCCACUCUAAUCGCGACGUUUGUGUUUGCGGCUGCUUUCACGGUCCCCGGCGGCCUAGACGGCGAAGGAAUUCCAAAUUUCUUGUGGACCAAUGCAUUUAUGGUGUUUGCUAUUUCAGACGCAGCUUCGUUGUUCUCUUCUCUCACUUCCCUUCUGAUGUUCUUGUCGAUCCUAAAAGCACGUUUUGCGGAAGAAGAUUUCCUCAUGUCGUUGCCGAGAAAAUUGGUUGUGGGUCUUUCUUCUCUCUUCUUUGCAAUAGCAACUUUACAUUAUGCUGAGCAGGAGAUUGAAAUGGAUUUUUAUUCCAAUUGCUUCCAUUGUUUAUCCCAAUGGUCAGAUCAACAUUUGGAUCCACUUUUCUCCCUCAGAGCCCUUGGUGAUUCAUUGCCUGUGAAGAAAAAUUUGAUGGCAUUCCCAGACAAUAAUUCGUUAGAAUUAGCCGAAGGAGAUCCUGAAGCAUUUAUUGUUAGAAUUGGAUCUGGAAAUCCGUCAUCUUCAACAAGGUCCUUCAUAACACAUCAUGACAACGUUGCUGAUCAAGACUGGGAUUUUAGUGAGGUACUAAACAAUUAUCUUUUACGCGGAGGAAAUAAUCAACCAGUCCUACGUGAAAAUUAUGAUGAUGAAGACUGGGUAUUUAAGAAUUUUCUUAGAAGCAAAGGAAACCGCGAAACAGUACUCAAGAAUGUUGUUUUUAGAAGUGGAGUAAAUGAUCCAUCGUCUUCAAGUUCAACAACCAAUCCGCCACAGCAUGCGAAUGGUAAUCAACCAGCCUGUGGAUCUGAAUUCCUACCAACCCUUGUACCAUGCGUCACUGAGAGGCGAUUGGGAUGCCGCUAA